AUGGACGAAAAGUCAAAACAGCCAAUUGUCUUAGACGACUCAAACAUGGUGAAUUUGGCCAGGCUAAACAAGAAUUAUUACACAGAUGCAAUCAACACACUGGAAAGUGAGAUCAUCAAGCUCCAGGAUACGAUAAACAUGAAGUUGGGAACAAAAGAGGUGGAAACAGGUCUCUCUCCACCAUAUUUGUGA